CAUCACUUUCUGUCAAAGUAGAAACUUCAACUAUCCAUGUGUCAAAAUUUCCAGUGAAAAUGCUAGCCAGAAAAUUUCUGCGAACAUGACAAAUUUGGUGGUGAGACACCACGAUGCCUUCAACUACCAGCAUCAACAAACCUCCGGAUCCCACGGAUGCGGCCCAGUCCACGGAAGAAGACCAAAAGGAAAAAAAACUCACCGUGUUAGAGUCCCAUGGGUACUAUCUCGGGAAAACCAUCGGAACGGGAUCCUACGCUACUGUAAGAGUUGCACAUUCUGAAAGACACCACGGAAACGUAGCCAUCAAAAUUGUGAGCAAGUUCUCGGCUCCUUCCGAUUAUCUGAAAAAGUUUUUACCGAGGGAGAUUGACGUGGUGAAGGGUCUCAGACAUACGAACUUGAUUAGGUUCCUGCAAGCUAUAGAAACGACACACAGGGUGUACAUUGUUAUGGAGUACGCGGAUAACGGAAGUCUUCUGGAUAUUAUCAGGAAAGACCACUUCAUUGAUGAGGUUAGAAGUAGGAAGUGGUUUAGAGAAUUGGUGAAUGCUGUGGAGUAUUGCCAUGAGAAAGGAGUUGUUCAUAGAGACAUCAAAUGCGAAAACAUGCUGAUGGACACUGGAUGGAAUGUCAAACUAUCCGAUUUCGGCUUUGCUAGAGGAGAACUGAUUUCUAAGAACGGUCAAGUCAUCCUUAGUGAAACGUACUGUGGUAGCUAUGCAUACGCCUCCCCGGAAAUCCUGAGGGGAAUCCCCUACCAACCACAACACGCUGAUGUAUGGUCCAUGGGGGUUGUUCUCUACGCCAUGGUAUUUGGAAAGUUGCCUUUUGAUGACAGUAACUACAGGGAGUUGCUCAAACAGGUUUCCAACAAAGUAGUGUUUCCCAAAGAAGCAAGAGUAUCCACUAGUUGCAAGUCACUAAUAAGCCAGAUUUUGGCCCCUCUCAAAGUUCGAAUCAGAAUCAGUGGUAUAAGGAGAGAUCCAUGGUUCCUAACAGAUGAUGAGGAACCAG